AGGGUUAGGUUCCUGAGAACGAUCCGUAAUCCGAAUUUUCCAUAUGUCAGUAACUGAACAAUUUUUCCCUGAAAUAAAGCUAAAAUCCAAUAGCCAGAAAUAGUUGUGCCUCCCCUACCUGAAUACUAGUUCGUUUUCCCUCAGGACUGUAUUGCGCUGUUUUCUAUUGCUACCUAUAUUCUAUUGCUGUACAUACUCUGCACUUCAUAUUCGUUUUUCAUUUAAUCGAAUAACACUACCCAUAAUUAAACUAAUGGAACAUAUUCUGGAUCCAAUUGUUUCUGAAUACCACGAAACAUUUUAAUAAAAAUCGUUAACAGAAAGCAGUCACUUCCGAAUGUUUGUUUACCGUGCAUUAGGCUAGGCCUAGACUUUACAUACACACGCACACACAUGCACGCACAUUAAAUACAGUAAAAACCUAACAAUAGAAACAUGGGGGAAAAGAUAAUUCGAAGCAUAGAAAACAAACAAUAAUGUAAUGGUAUACAAAAAUUACAUUGCCCAUAAUCGUGGUGGGGCUUGGUGAAGGAGGCGUUUUUGUGGAGUGAGGCGUAAGGCGGUGUGCCUUAUGCGUCCCUCCGCGGUAUUCAUCCGCAACCUCACCGCGCUGCACUAUUUGCGCUUGCUUAACUUAUGCAAACAUUUCUGCAUCUUAAAUUUUUUUAUGCAUUUAUCAGAGCAUUUUCAUAAAACAAUAAAAUUCUCACUAAAAGAACCAAGAAUAUGAAUCCCUGCAGUCACGAAAGCUUUAAAUCAAAAUUCAUUUUCAUAAAGUCGGGUCUUCCGUAGCCCAGAACUGCCUGUACUCAUUUAAGGCUGAUUUAGGGGAGGCUCGGAACAGGUUUGUAUAUUUGUCACUGAUAAUGGUCGUGAGCAGGAAUAGAACUCGGUUCGCUGGGUUCACACCACUACGCUACUGCUCCCCACUCGCAAACACACUAGACAGAAUACACACACUCAGACACGCUCCCAAACACAUAUAUACUCGCUCACACUCUACACUCUGCAAAAAAGGGAGACACCAUACAGACUCAGCACGUGGUUUCAACUCGGCACUUGCCCCAACGUAGCAUUGAGGCUAUGGGGGAAUCUUCGUAUUUGUUGUUGUUUCAGGACCAGGACCCCCCGGUGGCGGAGAGUCGAUCUGCACGAUCGUCGCCGGCGCGUGGAGCUACCGGCUCACCGGCUACUCCCAGAAUGCGUGCGGGAAGGGCAGCGCAGCUGGGGUCUGCACCCAGCUGUGGCGCGGCGAGUGUGGUGGGAACUCAACACCAGCGGCGCCACUCGCCUACCUGGAACUGCGCGCAGGUCCUGGCACUCCCCGGGGCAGCUGGCAUGGCUACAAUGCAACACGAACUCGCAGGGAAGAAACAGGGUGUAGGUGGAUUCCCGCUCACGGCCACCAUCGGUGACAACUAUCUUUGCCAGCCACACGAUGGAGCUACGCGUGGGGGUGUACGACCUGCAGUGGCAGCCACAGCCUCGUGCCCGACCCCGACCCACGCAACGGAGAUGCCAACCCCGUGCAUUGUGUCCGGUUUCUUCACCAAUGCUGCCAAACUGCACCACAGUGAAUCUUACAGAUUCGUAUGUGGACGUCUCCGAUUCCAAACAGUAUUCCUCUUCUGUGAAGAUGUGGACGACGGACUUGUCCCAGACCCCCAUUCUCCACCGAGGACCACACGCGCUGCACACUUCGAGUGAACCCCAGCAGCGACGUCUCGAUGUUCCUGCCUGCCCACUGAAUGACACCUAGCAGCGCAACAACACUGGAUUAGAGUUGCAGUGCACAGUAGUGCAGAGGCGGGUCUAUAAACUUCGUAACGGGAGAGACGGUAGCGCCGACAUUUUAAGCUGCUUAAAACGUCUUACUGGUAAAUAUCAAAAGAUUAUUUGGGUCUUUUGGGAAAGCCACGUAGAUAGAAGAAAUAACACUAGAAAAGCAAUUUUGGCGUCUCAAGGGGGAUGCGAUCGCCCCCAUCGCCUCACCCUUGGAUGGAACCCGCACUAAUGGCGUGAUCACAAAGGUGUACAGCAAGCGCCGGGCAUCUUAAAAGUGUUGAGCAGCCAGUCUAUGCAGACGAGGGCUCUCCCAUGUUCUCUGCAGCAGGGCUCGGUGCAGCCGCACGUGACCCUUGCGUCAUUCCGGUUCCUUCAGAGGCUUGUCCACCUGAACCACUUGACAGUGGAGAGAUUGAGAUGGGGAAGCAGGGAGCAUCUGUUUUAGUAAAGGAGACGGUAUCCAACACAGUCCCUACACGUUUGUACUGUGAUUGCUACUUUAAAGAAAGUCUCAUGGUUUAAAAAUGGAAGAUGUUGCUCACG